AUGGCCCCGAUGUGCUCCCCCCCCCUGCAGUACGGCUUCUUGAUUGUCAUCAUGGUGCACCUGUACACUGCGACGCUGGCCAGCCGCCUGACGCAGCAGCGCCUGGCCAACGACAUCAAGUCCAAGGCAGACCUGCCCGGCAAGCCGGUGGAGACGUGGUGCGCCCCCGAUCACAAGAGGGAGAAGAAGCCGGGUCAUGCCGCCGCCGGGCCUUUGUAUGGCUGA